UAUGUAUCCAACAGUUAAACUUUCUCAACAACUUCUUAAUACGCCUUUGGGUGGAUAUGGAUUUGAUAAUUCCGCUAUGGAACGGAAUUUGGCUUUUAAUGAAUUGGCCAUCAAAAAUGGCGACAAGGAAUGCAAAACGAAUAUUACAAGUACUGGAACGACUAUUGUGGCUUCUGUUUUCAAGGAUGGAGUUAUUGUCGGUGCAGAUGCCCGUUCUACAAUGGGAAAUUUGGUCUCUGUCAAGAAUGCUAUAAAAUUACAUCGUAUAACUGACUUAAUUUACGCUGCUGGAGCAGGUUGUAAAUCAGACUUGGAAAAAGUUACAGCAAUGAUGGAGACGGAAAUGGAACUUUUUGAGUUGAAUAAUGAAGGGAAAAAGGCUCGUGUUAUGAUGGCUGGGCGUCGUUUACGCCAAUAUUUAUUUCAGUAUCAAGGCCAUGUCUCCGCUUAUUUAUUAGUUUGUGGCGUUGAUGCUACCGGAGCCUAUUUAUUCGAAGUUUCUGCCUCCGGCGGUGGAUUUUUAAAGCCUUUUAGCGCUGAUGGUUCAGGCUGUCUUUGUGCUAUAGCUGAAUUGGAAAAUGGAUUUAAGCCGGACAUGACGAAAGAGUAA